AUGUCUUAUUCCACACAAGUCAAAUAUAAAACAAAAGACGUACGGCUAACGAUCGAGGAUGAAAAGUAUUUGAUUAUUGAUGAGAACGAUACAAAGGAGACUAUCGACCUAGAGUUUAUUUAUGGCGUAUCUGUGACUGAUUCUGAACUAACCCUUUAUGCACUAUGGAAACAGCCUGUUAUAGAAACAGGUUCAACACGACCGGCCGAGACACGAUGGGAGCGCAAGACGAUGUCGUAUCAAGUAACAGACGAGAACCAAGAGUGGAUUAAUAAGCUUCGGAAGUUGACAUUACCCGAACACCAAGCAACUCGGGUGAUUGCAUUUGUGAACCCAUCCUCUGGACGACGUGGUGCGGAUACAGCAUGGAAGAAUGUGGUGCGGCCAAUGCUGCUUCAGGCUGGCUUUAUUGAUUCUCAUCUGACUGUGGUGAUGACCGAGAGUGGAGGCAAGACAACACAGCAAGCGCAGCAGAUUGCACACGAACUGACUCAGGAUACAGUCUUGGUUGUGAUGGGAGGCGAUGGUACUGUUCACGAAGUACUCAACGGGCUUCUGAGUCAGCCACUUUCUUCUCGUCCAAUGCGUGUGGGGGUAGUGCCUGUUGGAUCAGGAAACGCCUUUGCAAUGGGCCUAGGGAUUGAUGGUGUAGAGCAUGCUGUGCUAAGGAUCAUCAAGGGACAUACCCAGAAUUGUGGAUGGAUGAAUGUUCGAUUAGGCCAAUCGUCAAUUCAGGGCAGUGGAUGGGAAAACGAGAUAAAUUACCGGCCAGACGAUAUGAAGCUGUUUAUCGUCAUGAGCUGGGGAUUUCAUGCACAGAUCGUGUCCAAGUCGAGAUACCUAAAAUAUUUCAUGGGCAACCGACGAUUUUCACUGGUUGCCAUGGCAUUGCUUACCUUUCUACAGCAGUAUGAAGGUGAACUCAUGCUCAAGGAUGCAGUCAAAUAUAACAAGGAGCAUCAUCAAUUCGACGAGCAAAGUGAAACCAUUGUCGUCAAUGACAAGUUUACAUACUUUGUAAUUAGUAAGCAACCUAGUCUCGAGAAAGGGUUUACCAUUACUCCCUUUGCAUCUCCUCUAGACGAUCAAAUGGAUGUCAUUCUCCUUCGAAACGCCAAUGCAAACCAAUUGACAGAAGCAAGCAUGCAAGCCUUCCAAGGUGGAAAACACGUUAAUUUGGAUAAAGUCGAUUAUUUCAAAGCAAAAGAAGUCCUCUUGCGCGUAAAAGAUAAAACCGAAAUUUGUCUAGAUGGCGAAAUACAUGAUCUGCCGUCCAAUGGCAUUGUGCAUCUCAAAGGAUCCAAUGAACCUGCAUUUGCUGUCUUUGUGUAA